CUUGUGAGCUUUUGAAGAUAACAACAUAAUACUUCUUUCUUCUCUCUCCAAAACCCAUAUAAAUACAGAUACACUCUCACAUAUAUAUAUUGAUCAUGAAUAAAUAUGUGAUGUAAACAAAAUCUCUUCUUGUCUUUUAGGUAUUCAUAUAUAUAUAUAUAUAUAUAUAUAGAGAGAGAGAGAGAGAGAGAGAGAGAGCAAUUAAAAGAGGUCAUUAUUAUCAUUAUUAUUAUUGAGAUAUAGACAUGGGGAGAGGAAGAGCACCAUGCUGUGAUAAGAGCCAAGUCAAGAGAGGUCCAUGGAGCCCAGCUGAGGACCUGAGACUCAUCUCUUUCAUCCAAAAAUAUGGCCAUGAAAACUGGAGAGCUCUCCCCAAACAAGCUGGAUUACUUAGAUGUGGGAAAAGUUGUCGUUUGAGAUGGAUUAACUACCUAAGGCCUGAUGUUAAACGAGGGAACUUCUCUAUAGAAGAAGAGGAAGCCAUUAUGAAGUUACAUGAAACCUUAGGAAACAAGUGGUCGAAAAUUGCAUCCCAUUUUCCAGGAAGAACAGACAAUGAGAUCAAGAAUGUGUGGAACACUCACUUGAAAAAGAGAUUGUCCUCAAAAGAUGACGAUCAAUCCAACCCUAAUAAUAAAGGAGAUGAUCAAUCAAAAGAAGAAUACUCCUCCAUAACAUCUUCUUCCUCCUCUUCGUCUAGCACUACUACUUUGUCUAGUGGUAACAAGAGAAGUAGUAGUGUUCAACAACAACAACAACCCGAGCAUGGGAGCCAAUUCGACCUCGAAUCGCCCCCCAAGAGGGCUCGAAUCGAGGAGGACGAGAAGGGUAGUGUUGAUGAUCAGAAGGAAAUCCAAGACAAAAUCAAGCAAGAUGAUGAUGAUGAUAGGAAGAAAAAUGAGCCAAAUGAACAAGUAUUGUUGGUCAUGACAAGAAGUACUACUACUUCUUCUGCUUCUUCCUAUGAUUCAAAUGUGUCAAACAAUAGUGAUCAAGUUGGGGCUUCAAAGCUUGAUCAUCAAGGAGAAGUGGACAUGGAUUUGCUAUUUGAUUUCAAAGGAGCUUAUUAUGAUGAUGAUGUUAGUGGCCUAUUAUUGCAAGAAGAAGUGAAUAAACCAGAGGUAGAUUAUUAUUAUGAGCCUAUUAUUCCAUUGGAGACUGACUAUGACUUUUGGAACAUGUUAGAUAGCUUAGGCACAACUAUUCAGCCAAAUAAUAAUAAUAAUGAAGUGGUGCAAUUAGUACAAGGCUCUGAGGCUGCUGCUGCUGCUACUACUUGUGAUCAUGACCAUGGUCAGAGCUCAAGUUUUGGGGUAUUAGAUGACCAAUUUUAUGGCUCUGAUGAGAUUAAUGAGACUAAGAAGUGGUUUAGAUACUUGGAAAAUGAGCUUGGAUUAGAGGCAGGAGGAGUUUCAACUACUGAAAACGACAAUCAAAACCUUGCAAUCCAAGAUGUACGACAAGAAGCUGAUCUCUUUCAGUAUCAUCAUCAUGACGUAAUAGAGGCCAAGUCAGAUUAUCCAUCCAAUUUGUCACAAAGUUAGAUACAAAAUCAUCUUAUAAUCAUAAUAAUAAAUUAGUAAUUAGUAAGUGACUUUAAAUUAGGUUCUUUUGAUGUAAUGGUGGAUUAUUUUGAUUGAUAUGUCCAUUUCAUUCAUCUUAUUUGCAAAGUAAGCAAAAUACAAUUAGUUAGCUCUAUAUAUAGACUAGCCUCUAUAUCUAUAGAUAUAUAUAUAUAUAUCAAACAAAUACAUAGUGAAAUUGUAUUGUCUUUUGACUUGUUCAAUGGUUUUUAUAUCUAUAUAGUCAAACAUAUUUACUAGUGGGUAGGUAUAUAUAUAUAGAGUACAUGUUCUCACACGUACUUUAAAUGUACUGACAUUUAUAUUAAUAAAAAAAAUACAAAGUUUUUAUUAUCU